AUGUUUUCAUUUAAACUGAAAUACCAUUUAGAUGCAAUUGGUGCCUUUCAAGAGGUGACCAAUACAAACAGGAGCUCAGGAAGGCUCAAAUCAAUCACAUUUCUUCUAAGAGAUGCUAGUGGGAAAAGGCUCCAUUGUUGUCUUUGGGAUGAUUAUGCAAAGCAGUUUUCUGAUGCUUUGGCCAGCUACAAUGGUGAUGAUGAAAUCUGCAUCAUUAUCAAGCAUUGUAGGAUUAAACCUGCACAAGGUAAUUAUCCUGUUUGCUUCACUAAUGCUUGGGAUGGCACUCAACUUCUAUUCAAUCCUGUUUGUCCUGAAGUUGCUAAAUUCAGAGAAUUAUUGAAACUUCUUCCAGCUAAUGAUGUUGUCAUGAGUCAGAAUGCAUCUCAGUUUAGUCAAGGAUCUCAGUUAUCAACUCCAACUGAUAUAAUGUCAAAGGCUACUUUUCUCAGUCUCUCUGAGAUUAAUGACAUUACAAAUGAGAUAAUCUGUGUUACUGUUGCUGAGAUAAAGAAACUGAAUGCCACUAUAUAUGGAUGGACUUAUGAUGGGUGUAAGGAAUGUACCAAAGUUGUUAAGAUGGAUGAUGGACAGUUGAAAUGUAAAAAUGCUCAUGUUAAUCAGAAGCCUGUUCCGAGGUACAAAGUUAAGGUUCAGGUUGAACAUAAGGGAAGUAAGGCAAGAUUUCUGUUCUGGGACGAGCUAAUUGUGUCCAUUUUAGGAAUAUCUGCUGCAGACUUGAGGGAGCAGAUGAUUCAGGUAUGUUGA